UCACUGCCCUGUCUCUUUUGGCAGACUCGGGGACCAGUUCUACAAAGAAGCCAUUGAGCACUGUCGCAGCUACAACUCUCGGCUCUGUGCCGAGCGGAGCGUCCGCCUUCCCUUCCUGGAUUCUCAAACUGGGGUAGCUCAGAACAACUGCUACAUCUGGAUGGAGAAGAGGCACAGGGGACCAGGCCUGGCCCCAGGUCAGCUGUACACAUACCCAGCACGUUGCUGGCGCAAAAAGAGGCGUUUGCAUCCCCCUGAGGAUUCCAGGCUGAAGCUGCUGGAAAUUAAACCUGAAGUUGAUCUGCCUCUGAAAAAAGAUGGGUUCACCUCAGAAAGUACAACUCUGGAAGCCUUGCUGCGUGGAGAGGGAAUAGAGAAAAAAACAGACACUAAAGAGGAAGACACUAUACAAGAAAUCCAGAGGGUUUUAGAAAAUGAUGAAAAUGCAGAUGAAGUGAACGAGGAAGAAGACUUGGAAGAAGAUAUUCCGAAACGAAAGAACAGGCCUAGAGGACGGCCAAAGACCCCCACCUGGAAAAAAAUUUUCCAGAAAAAUGCUCGGGGAUCUGGAGGUGGCAGGAGACGGAAUGAUGCUGCCUCCCAGGAUGAUCAUGACAAGCCCUAUGUUUGUGACAAUAGUUACAAACAAAAGCAUAACUCAAAAAUCUCCGAUAAAGUCUGUGGCAAGCGUUACAAGAACAGGCCUGGGCUGAGCUACCACUAUGCUCACACCCACCUUGCCAGUGAAGAGGGUGAUGAAGCCCGCGAGCAGGAGACACGCUCUUCCCCUGUCCACCGAAAUGAGAACCACAAACCCCAGAAAGGACCAGAUGGGGUCAUCAUUCCCAAUAACUACUGUGACUUCUGCCUCGGAGGCUCCAAUAUGAACAAAAAAAGUGGCCGGCCUGAGGAACUUGUAUCAUGCUCAGACUGUGGGCGCUCUGGACACCCGACCUGCCUGCAAUUCACCACAAACAUGACUGAGGCUGUUAAAACCUAUCAGUGGCAAUGCAUUGAGUGCAAAUCCUGCAGCCUUUGUGGGACCUCAGAGAACGAUGACCAGCUGCUCUUCUGUGAUGACUGUGACCGUGGCUAUCACAUGUAUUGCUUGAAUCCACCAGUCUUUGAGCCCCCAGAAGGGAGCUGGAGUUGUCACUUGUGCCAGGAACUGCUCAGAGAGAGAGCAUCAGCUUUUGGCUACCAGGCCUGAGGAGCUCCAGCAGUCAAGAAACACCUUGCUCCUGGUGUUGCCAUACCAGCACACAAUUCCCAUCCAGAACACAAAGACACAAUCCACAUCCAAACGAACGGACACUCAAAUACAGGAAGAGGUAUCUGUGGUACUCACUGUCACUAAUGCCAGACCUCCUGGGCUCUGCUAGGACUGUGUACUUUCCCAAUGAAUCUGGAUGAAAUCUCUUCACUGCUGUGCAUGGUUGCUGCUUGCCAUUAACAGGCUCACUUGCAUUAUGGAAGGGGGAGGGUUGUUAGACUGACACGGAGAAGUCAAUUUUGUGUGGCUUCGUGCUUUCUGUUUCGUCUUUUUUUAAAUGAAAAAGUAGUAAGAUAUUUCCCAAGGAAUUAUUGGUGAGUACUUCAGCUGGGAGCAGCACCAGGUGUUUCUCUUCACAGGCUUGACUGGAAAACUCUUUACUGCAACCACUCUGUAGAUGCAUGGGUGCUUAAGAGGGGUGCUCUGAGAGUUGCAUUUAGUUCAAUACUUCUCAGUUCAUGAACAGCGCAUUGUCACUAAGAGAAGCACUGAUCAAAACUUUUUGGAGUUACACUUUCUCCAUUGAAUCAAAUGCCCUGAUUUGGCAGAUAUUAGGAAUCUGUUUUAAGUGUAAGGAAGAGCAGUACUGGUAUGUACACACUCAGAUGCUUAGAAAUGCCUUUGGUAUUCAGGAUAUUCAGGCAUACCAUCCCACUGCAAUGCCAACAAUACCUUCCAGACACAUAAUUUCUUUUUGUUCAGAAAAUUAUGAGUGAGAAAUCUUUUGUAUGCAACUGACUUUCUUUUUAGCUCAGAAAAUGGAACAAAAGAAAAAUCAUCAUCCUAAAUUGAUCAUAGAAGGUGAAAAUUGUCAGUUUUUUGAGCAAUCUAACGUAAGUUGCAAAAAGGAACAAUUUUGGCUUAAGGUCAAAUGAAGCACUUUGAUUAAUUUUUUUUGAAAUUUCUAAAUUAAAAUGUUCUGCAAAUGAAAGCUGCAUUUUCUGGGCAUUGUCUAAUCUGGGCUUUCAGCAUUUCCUAAGUGUUACUGUUUUUUGUCAAAGUAAUUAUCAAGAUCUAACUGAAUUUCCAAACAAUUUUCCCCCAAAUUCUCUGCAACCACAUUUUUGGCCAAUGACAUGAUUUGUCUAAAAACCUUCCCCAGCUCUAAAGAAAAGAAUAACCUGCUGAACCUAAUGUGAAAAGAAGAAUUUUCAUAAUGAUUAAAAAAUUUAAAUAGGAAUAGUUCUACUUUAUUUAAACAAAGAUUUACAUGUGAAAUGAAGAAAAUAUUAAGUGUUAACAUCCAUUGAAAAAAAUUUAUUGCAGUUGAAGACCUUUGAAUUAUUUAAGAUAUUACUAGGAGAAUAAGUACAUCAAAUAUUUUCUACAAAAUGUCUCUUUAAGGUUAAAAACCUACCACUCCCUGAACUGCCAAGUAGCCCAGAAUAACCAGUUUUUUAGGUAUGAUGUAUAUCACUUUCUAUGCAUAGAUUUAAGUGGGUUAAUAAUAUAAAUUUAUGAGAGUCCCAAGCAGCAUGUGGCUCAUGUUGCUGGUACAAGUAGGUAAGGAUACUGAAGAUUAUAUUUGGCAUUUUUAUAUUGGUCAAAACUCUUCUGCAAAUGUAAACAUUCCCAAACAGUUGAAAGACAUUGUGAGACAAUAUUGGUGAGCUAUUUUUUCUUCCUUCUCCUGCUAAUUACACUUAGUUAGGAUGAGCUCUACUGACCUAGUGCACUUUUUCUCAUUAUUUAGAUAAUUUCUUCCCCUUUUGUUCAGCUUCUACACCAAAAGUAGCUGUGUCAGCUACUGGAUUCUCCCACCUACUCUUGCAGCCUCUUCUCAGGCUGGAGCAGGAGUAUUUUAACAUGUUAAGAUAAAAAAAUACAGAAAGUAUUUUUCCUAAUUGUAUUGGACCAAGACUCUCCUGGAGCAGCUGCACAGGCUACCUGUAAAAUUGGUUUAAUAUCUUUUGCUUCCCAUGUGUCAGCCCUUCAAUGAGCUGAGAGCACAAAGAAAUUUGAGCAUCAAGUCUGGAGAGAGCAAAGUGGAAGCCUGUGUACUUGCAUCAGGUGUCUGAUACCUGUGGGGACAAGGCCCUUGAGCAAAUAUAAAAUAAAGCAUCUUCCUCCCAGUCUGGAGCUGCCCUGGCCCUGAGGAACACUUGGAGGACACAGAUGAUCUGCAUGAGCAUUUACAGCCAUCUGUUGGUAUGGUUGAACCCUGCUGAUCUGGUAUUUUGGGACCAUCACAUAGCUCAGUCUCAUACAAAGUCCUGUUACUGUUGUGGCCAGAAGUGCAAGUGUGUAUUCACCAGAGACACCACUGGGCUCUCUCACAGUAAAUGGGUAUUUUGGGAAGAGUGACUGGAAAUGAGAAGUGUGUGUGCUGGAGAAAACUUUUAUGAUGGUGCUGGUGGUGGGAUCAGCAGAUGUGGGUUAGUGUUCAGGCUGGUCCUCAGCUACCAGUCCUGCUAGACCAAGGACUUCCAUCAUAAAAAUGGCCAUCACCUUCCAGUGUCUGAUGCUUACACUGACCUUGGAGGAGUAGGACAAUGUCUGCAUUCCUAAACAGAGAGGACAUGCAUGAUUCUUUGGCCUGUGUGUUAAGCAGACACUCGUGACUCAUCAUGUAAGUCUCAGGGAGCCUAGUUGGUGGAACCAUCUGGUGCAGAAUUUCAGUGGUCUCCAUCCCCGUGACAGAGACAUUGCUAAAGGAGCUGUGCUCACUGUGCACACCUGCUUUCCUAUUUUGUGGUUUUGAUCCAGAGCUGUUUUUACCUCCCAUAACCAUUCUGCAGCCAACAAUACCUUUCAUGUUGAGAAAUACAGCUCCUCCGUGGCCUUGCUGAAGUUUCAUCACUAAUGAGGUAUGACAGAAGGACAGAUUGCUAGAUCUUCAAUGCCAAAGCAUUGUUUGCCAUCUGAGAUCAGUGUGACAGGGUGCAUAUCCACAGUGGACCAGCUGUGUUUCAUCUCUCCGGCUUUAUGCUGUGUGCUGUGUAGCCAAGCAGCUCCAGGUAACUUUGGCAGCAGAUUAGACACAAGCUCUUCCAUCCAGAGAACUUCCUCCAGCGACAGCCUCCCUUCUUCACUAGCUGAGUCCAAGAUAAGGGGCUGGAACGGACCUCUCAGUGACACUUUUAGCACGCGUGCAGAGCCAUGUGUGUUGGUGCACUUCAGAAAUAGUGACUGACCUCCCAGGUGAAAAAUACACCAGCUUUGCUGAGAUGUGGAGAGGUUGUGGCACUACCAUGGGGGUGAAGAAGAGUUUAGAAACUCUGAUAACUGAUUCCCUGUCACCUGCUGCCCCACUGGGGAUAGUCCUCCUGUAUGACUGCUGGGAUGUGUGACUUGGGCAGCACCAUCUGCUGUCAGGCAAUCUUUCCAGAGAGCUGCUCUGGGCACUAAACAGUGUGAGCACCCCGGCUCAGUGUGCUGCUCUCUCUCUUGCUAUGGCAGGACAUGCAAGUUUGUUGGCAGUCCCUAAGGUGAACAAUGGUGUUUUUCAAAACUCUUUUGUGUAGGCAAGACAAAUUAAUAUUUUAGCACAAAUCAGGGCAAACUACCAGGAGAUGGUAGAUCCUGCAUGCCUCUAAGACUUCAAAUCAAGAACAGACAGAUUCUUAGAUGUAUUUUAAUUAAACACAAUCUUAUUUAGUCACGGGAAUGUCUGACUGAAAAAGGCUUGUGUUAUAAAGGAAGUCAGGCUGGAUGAUGUAAGUGUUCUUCCUGGCCUUAUUAUGAAAACAGAUGUUUACUGUGGGAGAGGAUGUAUUUAAAUACAAGUGUGUCUGCAUAAUGGCCUUAAAGUACGUUAGCUAAACAUAUGCACAUGAUCCUUCUACUUUUAACUCCUUUUGGAUAACCUAAAAAAGGUCAGUUAGAGAAAAUCGUCUUUACUGAUGCAGUAAAUUGCACAUUACCUCCUUCAUGCUCACAAUGCCAUCUACUUUGUGUUGGCCACCUUGGGCUGUUCCAGAGAUCAAGCAAUUCAGACUGUAUUGUGUGAAACCAUGGCUUGCCUCUGGCUCUCCCUCCAUCACGUUUGUGUGCUGCGCUGCCCAGUUUUCUGUCCAUGCUGGGAAGACUGGCUGGGGAGGGCAGCACCUGCUGGGGCAGAUGCAGAAAUCAGAGGGGUGGAGAAAUGACCACAGAACGGGGGCAUCCAAGGAGUACCACUGGGGAAAUGAACUCGUGUUGCCAUCACAGGGCCUCCCCCAUAGCUUGGAAAAGGCAAUACCUUUAAGAAACAUGAGAUGGGUCCUGAUCCGCCCCCAAACUGUGCUUCCAUAACUGUGUUGUUGCAUCAAGUUUACAGGGCACAGAGUUUACAUUCUGUAAACAUACCUCAGACCAGUUCUUGAGCUAGCAAAGCCACCAUUGUGUUCUUUUGAAGCAAAUGUUACUCUAAGUAACUUUGAAAUAAUGAUUUUUUAUCUCUUUUUAAAAGGAGCUUAGUCAUUUCUGCCCCAAAGGAAGAUUCUCCUGCACCAUGCAGUGUUAUGGGGCUUUAGCAUUUUCUUUACACCUACAGCAUGUGUUUUGACAGGGGUCACUUGGGAGGUGAGGAGUGGAUGGGGGUAGAAAGGAAUAUUAAUUAACCUUGUCACUGCUAGAGGGAUAGUGUGCAUUACGGGCAAGAAAAUUCCAGGUAGAGCUGGGCAUGAUUUUUCUGUGUGGAAUGAAUUUAUUUUCAAAAAAAUCUGCUUUUGAGAGAACCAUAAUUAUUCAUAUACUGAAGUCCAAUCUGGAAAAUUAUUUAAUACAAAAACUAAGGGGGAACAAGAGAAAGAGUUGAAAAUUAUUGUUUCAAUCUUUUUCGAAAGAAUCACUUCAAUAUUUGAAUGUUAAUGUAAUUUAUAUUGGGAAAAAUCUGGCACCAGUCUGAGAGGAAAGUAAACAUAAAUUUUAUGGAGGACAUUAUUAAAAAAUAGAUUAUCUUUUCAAUCUUGUUAUGGGAAGCUGUGGGAUGAUCACGAGGAGGUCACCUGACAUUUUAACAGUUGAUCAGUUCUAUAAUUUUGAGAAAAUAAGUUCUAUGGAGGGGAGCAGGCAGACAGGUCAGGAAAGCCUCCUUCUCUAACUGGUCUGGGUUCAUUAUGAUCUUAGCAUCUCCCACUUUUAGGUGACAGGAGGAAGGGAGCCUGCAGCUGAGCAGGGUGACCACGGCUGCCAGGCAGGAGCAGGGGGUGCUGCCCCAGCCCCCCCAAAUAGGUGGUGUCUGCAGAAGGAGCCCCCAGCCAAAUUGGCAGGGAUGCUCACGGACUGAGGGCCAAACCCAGAGCUCAGUUCUGGAUGCUGACCAGAUGGGGGACAGCCUGUCCUGCAGAGCUGUGGGUCGUGCCCAGCUGCCCAUCACAGGGGCACUCAGAGCUGCCCCUAGCCAGUCUGGGAGUGGGACAUUCCCCACACCCUGCCUAUGUGCAGCUAUAAGGCACAGGCUUAUUUCCACUUACAAGGAUUGUGGCACUGCUGUGGGCAGCUACUCAAAUCUGUGCCUCGCUUCCAGAGAAAAGACAGGAUGUCAAUUCUUAGCUGCCUUUGCAAAACACUUGGAGCCUACAAACAGUGUUUGAGCCCUAAGUGCUGCUAUUCACCACCGUGCUGCAGACCCAAGGCUGUGGCAGAGCAAGAAGAGCCAGCUCUUCUGAGCUGUUCCUUACACCAUUUAUUUCUGCCAGCCAUAGGCCCAUGACACUGCCUGGGAGAUAGGAGCAGGUGACAAGGCAGGAGUUGGAUGUGAAAGAUCCAAAACCCUGCAGAAGGAACAAAAGAGCUUAGUUGCUGUGGCUGUGUUUCUCUGGUAAAAGAGGGCAGGAGUUGUGACUGGCAGGCAGCCAAAUCCAUCUUCAGUGGUGAUAUAAUUACUAGCAAUGACCUCCAUCCCCAGCAGUAGUUGAAUGGCUUUUCAGGACAGGCAGCAAACCUCAUCUGGUUUACAUAAGAUAAACUCAGGUGUGUUGGAAGGGCAGGGAGAGGAGGGGGCUGUCUAUGGUUUGAAGGGGGCUGAUUUACAAGUGCAGCUGCCCAGCCCGCUCCCCAUCGUGCUCCCCUGGCUUUGCAGGCUCAGGCCAUGUCCCCAUUCUACCAGUGCUGAUGCCAUCCUCCAGGGCCAAAGCAUCAUGUCCCCAUUCCUGGGGUGCAGUUUUGCGGAGAGUGCUGGCACUGGCCCAGCUCUGUCUCUGGUGGUGCUGGCUGGGGCACAAGGUCUCACUGCACUGCAGACAAGGGCGAGAGUGACUGACGCUCCUGGGCAGUGUCCUUAGCCCUUGGGGUCAGUGGCUGUCUUGAAGGAAGCAGGCUGCAGGUUGUGCAAGCACAAUUUUGCUGUCCUGAUGGCCAAGCCUUAGCACAGGCUAGAGGAGAGGUGCAUCACUCUCCUGUCUCUCCAGCUGCAUCGCUGGGGUGUUUGGAAAUACCACCCCUCCACCCCCCCACCAUUGUGCAUUGAGACACUUAACUGAGGGAAAAGGGGGAGUGUAAAGAACAGCAGGUACCUCUAGGGGACAGAAGGGGUUUUAGGCUCUACCCUUUUAUUAAAUAUCAGUGAGAAUGCCAGGCAAUUAGCAGCUGGGAAAUUGAGCCAACCGUUUAUUAAUAUUUUUUGUGUAUUUCUGCCAUGUUGGGUGAAAAUGUAAAGUGUUAUUACAUUAGCACAUUUAGAAUAUAUGUUGUUACUGCUGUUUUGAAAUGAUACAACUACUAUUUUCAGAUCAGCUUACUGCCCUUUGUGUGAAUGAAGUUAAAAAUAAAACACUUCAUACCUGAAAACUGCUGAUUUUUCAAGUAUUGAUAUUUUCUUUCAGACUCCUGUCAGUCUAGUCAUCCAUCUGAUUCAGUUCAUUGUAACAAACUAUAGGUUUCACCUCCACAGUGACUCAGGAAAUAUUUCAUCUCUUCCCACUUUCAGAAGCUAGGGAGAGAGAAGGGCAGGUUUUAUUCUUUGCAUUUGGAAAGACUGAUAAAGGAUGACACAUUCAUUUCAUGUUCAUCUCCUUUCUGUGCCUUGACUGAUUGAAUUGGCUGGCUGGGAGAGCGUUCCCUUCUGUAGCAGCCUGAAGGGUCUUUGCUGCCAUGGCACACCUCUCUAUGAGAAAGGACAGUCCAACAUUUUGUCCACUCGGAUAGGACUCCUGCUGUUGCCAUAUACGAUUUUGGAACUGCUAAUUCUCAUCAGGGACCCUUGUGCCUACAAUAUAAAGACUUCCAUUUCUCAUGAGCUUCUGCCUGGAAGGCCAAAGCCUCUGCUGCCCAUGAGUUCUGGUGAAGCACAGAUCUGUUUCCAGCCUCAACAUGUGCUUCUGCUGGACAAAGUACCUCAUUUGGAUGUUCACAAUGUACUCCCACUGCAGAAUUUGUGAGCAACAGUGAAAAAUGAAGUAUCUGCUGAAAACCAAAGGAGAAGACAUGGAUCUUAUAUCUUACUUAUUUUUCCUUUGUAGCUCUCCCGGAGUGCAACACUAGAGAUGUGCUCCUGCAUCCUUUUGGGAAGGCUGUGCAUGAGGAAUUUCCAAGUGUCAUCUCCUUUGAGCUUCAUUACAGAAUAUCUUUCCUUGUUCAUUCUCAUUUUUUUUCUUUUCUUACAGUAUUUCAGAGACAGUGUAUACUGAAACUGAUUUGAAAGGUUUAGAACAAUUCAGAAAUAGACAGGUCCAAACCAAACCAUCAGCUUCUGUCUCUCCCUUAGAAAUGUUCAGCAAACCUUUGAUCAUUGCAGAGAAUCAAGCUUGUGUGCUUAUUUAAUCUCAAGGCCAUACAGUAGUUAAUAAAGACUUUUUAGUCAUAAAAUGUUCUUUUUAAAAAGUGAGAGAGAUUUCCUCUUUACCUUGAUGGCUUGCCAUUUCUUCUGCUGCAGAAGAGAUCAGCAGUCUUCCUGUUUACUUAGACUUUCUUCCAGAACUGCAGCCUGGGUCAGAAGUGAUGGGUAUAGGCCUGGAAAUAAUUUAUUUCAUUGAAUUGCAGGUGUAAAGAGAAACUCAAGAGUAUUUAAGUAAAUUGUUAUCUGUGUGACUCAGUCAGAUCUUACAAGAACCAGAAGCUUCUGUACAUGCUAAUUUAUUGGUUCACCUGUUCUUCAUCUGCCAUUUCAGGUUGAAUUUGCCAUUGGUAUACACUUUUUUUUCUUCUUUCCAUUAGAAGUGGUUGAAAAGAAAAACACCAACAAUUAAAAUUGGGGGUGAGGAAGCUUGAGUUACAAUCUUUGCUGUUGAUACUUUAUUUGAUUUGGGACAACAUUGUCCCCAUUAUUUUGAAGGAAAAUAGAAGGAAAAUCUAUGACAUCAUAGCACUUCUCCCAAAUAAAAGCUAUUUAUCAUCAUCUUGUAAGUUCACUUUUAAAAUACUGAAGUAAUGAUCUUUGAAUAGUGGCACUGGCACAGCCUCACUGUGUGAUGUGGUAUUGAUUUUUAAUUAGGAGACUUUAAGUUAUUUAUAAAUACAUAUAUUUGUGUAUCAUCCUAAUGUUAUUUACUGUAAACAUUGCUUACUGAUCAGGAAUAAAUCUAGAGUUCUAUAGUAAGUAUUACAGAAGAAGGAGGAAAGAGAAAAUCCUGCUUGUUUUGGAAAGGUGUGUCAGCAUUCUAACAAAUUUGGAGCAUGACUUACCAACACAUGAAAGAGAACCAAUGCUAUAAAAAGUGGGUCUGAUUCUCAACUGCUCUCAGUCAACAUUCAUCCACUGACUUUGUGGUUGGCCUGGUAUCCUUAAAGAUGCCAAGUCAUGGACUUUAGUCUUUAUGAAAAGGUGUAUAGCUGCUUAAUAGCUGAGCACACCAAACACAUGCAAGAAAACAGUUAUUUCUAUCUCUGGCUAUAAGUCUGGUCUGUUUUUGCCCUGUUCUGGCUCAGCCUGGCUCCAGUGAUGCCAUGUCACAAGCUCCAAAGGAAAGUGAGAAAUCUCAGCAAAAGAUAAUGAUGGAACAUUCAGCAACCAGGGCAAAUGUCUCUCUGACUUUGUGGAGUUUGAGCUUGUUUCAUCAGUUCUCGGUAUACUGCCCUCUGAUUCUCUGUAAACAACUCCUCACUGCUACAUCAGGAAGCAGUGGACAGCAGCACAUUAUUUUCCUCACCUGUAUGAGACCUCACUUCAGUCAGCUCCAUCCUCCCCUCUCUUAUUCAUUUCUAAUCUAGUUUCUAAUUCAUUUCUAUUAUUUUUGAUCUGUCUCUUCACGUGGAAAUCUUUUCCAGCCCCUAUAAUUUUUAGCAACUCUCCCUGGAGUCAGUCCUCUUCAGCAUCAUUUGCUCUGAGACAGCCACCCAGGAUAUGCCACAGGUGUUUAAAGCUUUACUUCCAAGCUUUACUUCUCUCCCAACAGUAUAUCUUUCCUUUUUAGCCAUCCUGUGGGUAGGCCCAUGGUCAUCCCUGGGAUAUUUUUCCGUUGUGAUUACAGCUCAUCCCAAAGGAACCUGUGUUAGAGCCAAGCGAAGCCUUGCAGCCUUGCUACUGGCACACACACCCUCCUUUCCCCAGUGCUCCAGCUGGGGAUGUGGUCAGGCUGCCGGUGCAUGAGAUCACAUCCAGCAGGGCUACUCCCUGAAAGCCAAAGUGUUGCUUAGUAACCCACUCAUGGAAGUACCAGAAGCAUUUUUCAAUCUGUCACAUUGGCAAAGAACACUGGCUUCUUGAUUUACAGGCAUUCGGCUGUGCGUGGCAGGGCCAUGCUCCAUUAUCUUGCAUCCAGCACUAUCUGCAAGCAGGGAAACGAACCUCCCAUUUAAUGGAGGGGCUGGGAGAAGGUGGGGGUGUGAGGCACAGAAAAUAAUUUUCUAGAAUUGUACAUGAAGCUUUUAGCUGGUUCUUUUGGCAUCUAGUCCUCAUCUUAACUCCCGUCCCAUGGGAGAUAUUCCCUGCUUAUGAAAUGCACUCCAGGGUCCUAUAGCAAUUGGCCAAACAGGACCCUGCAGCACCUUCAUCUAUUAUGAGACAUUACUGCAAUAAAAUUUGGUGUAUCAUACAGAAACUGGAUGAGGUAUUGCAAUAUUUAUGCUGUAAGCCUCAGUGUCAUGGACAAUUGCUACAGAAUAAUGUAUGUCUUUUCUUAAUGCAGUGGAGUCACAGCAGUUUCAGCAGAGCACACUGAACACAGAUCAUCUGUGAUUGCAUGGUUUCCUCAGUUAUUUUCAAAUUAUUCUGUUACAGAGACUUAAAUGAAAAAUAUCCUCUCAUUUAAAAAUAGACCAUAAAGGCUCUUAGGUUACUCCCCCUUUUAAGAAUAAUUCAGUCUGAGUGCAAAACAUCCAAGAACUGGGUUCUGACUUCAGAGGCUUUCUCCUUUAUCUGGCACUGGUUUAUCAUUAAAAAUGGCUUAAAAAAAAUAACUUGAAGGCUUUUAUUUUAGGUAUCUUAUUGAUUUUGCUAUCACAUCUCCUCAUUUUGGAAAUGAAAAGGUAUUUUAAACAAUGUCUAGCUUUGAGCUUAGGGACCAGCUGGACUCCUUCCAUCCUUCUUCUUCUUAUCAAAAACAGUAGAACCAUAGAGUGUGUCAGCCAUGGCCACACCCAUUGCUGUGGCUUGCCUCCUGUUGACAGAUUGUGUCCUGGAAGCCUUCUGCAAAAAAUUGAGGGGCUUUUAUAUGGGUCAUGGAAGGUCCAGGGUGGUCUGAAGAUGAGGUUGUUAGACAAAUGUACCUAAGGGCUCUUUUGGUCUUUGGAGUGUCAUUUACCUGGGAUGAUGCUCAGUGUUGCAGUGAUGAAAUCAGCAAGUUUCAUCACAUUUUUUUGUGUAAAGCCUUGUCAGUGCAAGGCUGGUGACAUGCACAAUAGUUGUUUGCUAAUGCUUGGCUCAGCAUAGAGGUGAAAAAACAUUGCACAAUAUCAGAAGCUCCUGAUGUGAUUUCUGAGAACUUUUUGAAGAGCUGAGUACCUUCCUGUGCUCUUUUUAAGUCUAAUAAAUAAAUUUGGCAAUGGGACAAAGAGUCCUUCAAAUUUAUUGUAUGUAGUUGUAUUUUUAUUACACAUAGUUUAAGAAAUACAGAAAUUUAUCAUAAAUGCUCCUAAUGACUGGCCAGCAUAAGAGCAUUUGAUGAGCUGCUGUGGAUCCCAGAGUGUCUACAUCACAGAAAUAUUCAGAAUGGACUGGUUUCUUCAGGAGGCAGGAAGCAUUCUUGGCAGGGAAGCAAAGGCUGUGAAGGCCUGAUCGACAUUUCAGCUCUUAGAACUGGCUGUGCUAGCUCAGAACUGAUGGAAAACUUGCCAUUGGGAUGCUUUUCUCUGUGGAAAAAGGAUAAAGAGAAGCAAGAAGUGUACAAUAUGUUAUUGUUUAAAAAGAAUCAGGGUAUCUGUUUCUAAUCUUCUAAAACAUUAACCUUGAAGUUUGUUCAUAAUGAAAUAGUCUAGCCUUACCAGCUAGGCAUUGAAGUAAAAGACUUGAUGUUAUAAAGACAGUGGGCUAGGGAAGAGCAGGUGUACCAGGUAACCUCUAGGCAAUACUGAGAAAGCACAUUCACUCCCUGCAUUCACAGGGGAGGACACCUCUUUCUUUGCACUUGCUGCACAUUCUGCAUCUUAAACUUUGAGGUGAGAACCAUUUUAGGGCAACUUAGUUAGCUACAAAGCAGGAGAUGUUCCACUAGCAUUAAUUCUUGUUGUUUAGGUUUUGGGGUUUCUAUCUGCUUGUAUACUCAGAGCCUUCUUUUCAACAUUUGAGGAUGCUCUAGAUUAUUUCUGUCUCACCUAACUGGCAUCUUGUGGGUUGGAAAAAACAAAUUGUGGAUUGGAAGCUGCCCCACUUCCUGGCUGUACAUACCCCUAUCUAUACAACAUGUGUGUGUAUGUUGAGUGAUUGCAUUGUAGUGGCUUUUGUAAUGCAAUAACUGUGGUGUCAAGAAAAUGUGGUUGGAGAAAACUAUACUUACAAAUUAACACGAACAGAAAAUCAAAGUCACUGAAAAGGCAAUACAGCUGAAGAAUUCUUACUGUGAGCCACCACCAUGUUUUCCACAAUAUGCCAACUUCUGGAUCUAAAUAAUAUUUUAUCCUCUUUGCAGCAGAACUGAACUUCCAUUUUGUGUCUUAGUCUGAACUGGAGACAUUGGAGCCCAGUCUUUUCAUAAUGUGCAGAUGAAUUGAAACGCUAACCUUGUCAUGGGUUCACCAGCUUCUGUAGCUUCCCACCAAAAUAAUCCAAUGCCACAUGGUGAAUAGCCUGGAGGAGUUUUGGGUGCUGCUGAUUGAAGCAUGCCAUUGCAAUGUUGGUCUUCAGGACCAUGAGGUUUUGUAUUGAUGCUUGUAAGAAAAACACAGCAGUCUCAGAUGAGCCCAAAUGUCCUAUUAGUCACAUGGCAGGUACAGAGACAAGUCAAAAAACUGAAUGAGGGAAAAAAAUAAGGGUUCCUGCCUGAAGAAAACCCCACAUACCAUCUCAUUUCAGAGGAAAAACCUUUCUGUGACCAGUCCUGGGUGACAGGUAGGUGGGCUCAAAGGCUGGAAAGACCCAUCUCUGUGGUGUGUUUGUCAUUGUGUCUUUGGUUAUGUACAUGUACCAGAACAGGAGAAAAUGCCUGUCUUUCUUUCAAAUUCCUUUUCAGCUAUGUACACUGCCUCCAGGUUGCCUGUUGCUAUACCCCGUGAGGCCUCACUGGAGUUCACACAAUCUAACUUGGUAUUUGUUUACUUUUGGCAGCCACAGACUAAGGUUACAGGUUUGGGAACCAGUACAUAAUUGUAAGGACAGCUUCCUGUGUUACUUUUUCCCCCCCUUCCUCUUUUGUAAAGUGUGAACCUUUCUUUGGAACUCUGAAGUGACUGUAUUGUUACAAUGUUUGUAUGUAGAGAUUUGUUUUAACAUGGCUUGUGUGGAGGACCUUUGCUCCUCUUAUCUCACAUUCAGUUUUAUUAAGUGCUUGAUAGCUUUGCCAGCCUUCUGUGGGGGAGGAGAGGUGAUGAGGUGGCUUCAAAACUUGGCUUUUUUUAAGGGAAAUUUGCCCAGCUUUACCCAGAGCAGUAUGAGAAUCUGGGGUGCUUCUGACUGUUCUUCAGUCAUCCUGAUCUGAUUGCUUCUUGGAGAAAGAGAUCAGCCUUCAAACCCUGAGAAAAAAAAAUACAUUGUUUAAUGCGCUAAGCCAGCACUGACCAAGAAGGCCCAUCAGUUUGUCACGCACGGAAACCUGCAUGGUGUUUCACCCCGCCAGGAGGUGUCUGUUGAGCACAGAGUGAAUCGUGGCAACUCACACUGCUCUGCGGAUGCCAACGGAGCCACCGCAGCUUGCACCAGCCAAGGAUCGGCCCUUCCGUGUUUUGGUGGUUAGGAAACCUGUAAGCGAAAUCCUACUGAGGUUUGAGAGGAGAGGAAAAUGGCUGUUGGAAGCCUCUCAACUUCGCAGGAUUUCUUUGGUAUUCAUACACAUUUGCAAGAAUGUAUUCCAAGCAUCUUGUACUGUUAUUAGUAACUUGUACUGUAGUUUGUUAGCAGUGUUGACUACCUACAUAGCUAAUUCUGUUGCAACUUAGAAAACGUGUAAACAACUGCAGAAAACAGGAGUUUAGAACUUGUAUGUACUGUUUUUUUAUAUUAAAGCACUUCAAUUAAAAGUUCAAGGAAAAA